AUGUCCGAAGUGAAAAAAGUGCAAGUUCAUUUGCAAGCCGUCGCCAAUGCACCAAUCCUCAAACACAAAACAUUCAACGUCGACAGCAAUCGAGACAUCGCCUGGUUCACUCUAACUAUUAGAAAAAUCAUGAAUCUUCCUGCUGAUCAAAAUCUAUUUUUCUACAUUUCACAAACUUUUGCGCCAUCACCAGAUCACACUUUUGGCGUGUUACGGGAUUGUUAUGCGGUGAAAGAUUGUGUAAACUUACAAUAUUCAACGACUCACGCCUGGGGGUAA